CAGUUCCUUGUCCCUACUUCCACCGUCGCCUCUGUGAGGUUCUAUCCACCACUGCCCCAAAUCACACUUGUGUUUGUUCUGCUAGGUCUGCUAAACAAACCGAUCUUACUUGUCCUGGAGCUGUGGACACACACCUUACCGACUUUAGCUACCGCCGCUAGUGGAGACAUAAAAAAAAAACUUGAAUUGCACCGUUUAGAUCGCGACGACCGCUCACUGCGACCGCUUGGCGUCUGUCGACCAACCCCAGCCGCCACCGACGGUUGACGUACGUUAAUGGAGGAUCGUGCGAACGAAAGGAGGCGGAGCUUGUCUGUGAGCAAAACGGUCGGUUGAGUCCGCGACCGCACAACUACACAGUUGUUGUUCGCGCACAGCUCAGUAGUUUUCCCGGUGAAUGUUCAAACUGAUGGACUCGAUGCCACAUUAAUACCUCACACUUACCGCAACGGUUGUACAGACAGAGUUCCGGAACUGUCGGAAAGCGGUGGGAGGAGGAGACAAUCGGCUACAGAGACUGGAAAUCGCGGGAACAACGCUUGGCGACGAGAAGAGGCGGUGAGUCAAGGUUGCUGAAGAACUGUCCUAUCAAUCUAUGACUGUGGUCCUUUCUGCUUGAAGGCAGCAAUGGAAGUUGUUGUGACAGAGGAGAAGAAAAAAAUAUUCCGUGCCAGGAAAACCAUGAAGAUGAGUGAUCGACAGCAACUGGAAAGUCUUCACAGCACUUUGUUGACCGCAACUCCAGGUUUGUCCAAUCCAUCGUCGCCACCUUUAAUGAAUGGAACGCACAAAGAUGACGGACAAAAAGUGGGAGACAAAGACCAAAACAACAUCUCGGACUCAAACUCCCCCCAUUCUACAUCACCCGUCUCUCCUGCUCCUUUCUUGUCCUUGCGUCUAUCACCUUCCCCUUCCUCCUCACAAAGUCCAAAAGCAAAGGAGGAAACUCCCACUACUCCUACAUCACCAUUCCAUUCUAUAAACUUUGAGCUGAAAAAGAUGGUGGAGGAAGAGAAGGAGAAGAAAGGUUCUCUCUCGCCCUCAAUAAAUGACCCUGUUUCACCACCACCAACAGAAUCUAAGGGAAACCAGGAAAAAGACACUGAAAUGAUUCCAGAGGUCGACAGCAAAGAGGAGGAUCAGACGGCAGCAAAAGACCAAGGUGGGGAUUUGGCAAAGGCACCUGUUGUAGCUGUGGUUCCACAUUCGCCUGUGCAACCUCCAGAAGCUGACUGCACAGAACCAAUGGAUACAGAUAAUGACACUACAAAGGCCAUAGACCCUGAGGCCACGAUGGCCGCAAUUAAAGAUGACCACCCUUCUUCGCCAAAAUCUAUAACUUCCAAUUCCUCUGGUUCUUGUCCUUCCUUACCUCGUUCAGCGUCCUCCUCUGGCCCAGAUCCAAAACAGCUAGAAGAAGAAUCGAAAAAGCCGGAUGUAAAGGUUGAACAGGAUGAUAAGGAAGAUGUGAAAAAAGGACCUAUCAGUGAGGGCAAGAUGGAGGAGGUCUCAGUAAAAGUAGAAACCAAAGAGGAAAAAAAGGAUUCGGGGAAUACUAGAAAACCAUCUCGGCCAUCAUCCACCCCACCAUCUAAUACAGCAGUGCAGGAGGAGAAGGGCUCGACCUCUGGACUGAAACGCACUUUAUCAGAGGGCACCGAAAAAGAACAAUCUGUAAAAAGAGAGGGGAAGAGGCCCAAGAUGGAGCGAGGGGAGUUGGAGGCAAAAUUGGAAUUUAAAAUUACUGCGAAAGGUGGCAGUAACCACAAACUUGAAAAGAUUGUGCAGCAGCUUGUGGAGAAACACUUGAGGGUCUUGGAGAUGACCGUUUUUGACAAAGGUUUCCAAGAACUCAAGGACAGAGUAGACAAGAUCGAAUGUACCACCAAACACCAAACUGCCAUUAACUCACUUCAAGCCAAAAUUUCCCGUUUAGCAAAAAAGUUUGGUGAAGCAAAUCAGGCAUCAGAGAACAAAAGGAAACAGGAGGCACUUGCCGCCGCUGCAGCUGCUGCUGCUGCUGCUGCUGCUGCUGCUACUGCAGCUACUGCAGCGCCUUCUGCUGCAACGGUUUCAUCUGCUGUCAAGAGUGUAGUUGCUGCAAACAACUUCCAAGCUCAACGGCCAGUCCGGACGUCUAUGGAAAUUAAGCAGACUCCAACAACUGUUUCUUCCUCCAACACAGUUGUAAAUCAAGCCUCUGUCGCAGUUCCAGUCCCGACAUCCACCUCAACAACCCUAGUUCAACAGACCCCCAUUCUCCAGCUGAUCACCUCCACCUCUAAUGCUACCACCAACUUGGCCACUGGCAUCACUACACAGAGUCCCACAGGCACGCUCCUCCUGAAGACGACCUCUGGGAGCAGCAUGAUGACUGGCCAGCCGUUGCUCAUCCAACUGCCCCUAUCGGUGACCAAUGGCCAGGCAGGAACGCUGGUCAACAUCCCCGUCUCCUCUCUGUCUGCAGCCUCCUCACUCAACAAGGCAAAAACCACUGCAACCACUACUACUUUUAUUCUCAAAUCUGCUGUUGCCACUACCACAGCACCAGCCUCUGUCACAGCUGCUGCUUCUGUCCCAGCUAUCCAAGCCUCCACUGGCCAAAUGUCUCCUGCCCAGAUCUCUCUUGCUCGGGCAGUGUACCAUGGAGGUGCUGGGGCAAUAACUACGCCUAAUGCUGGAGUAUCCAUCACCACAGCCAAGACACCAGCUCAGACCGUCUCUGUAGCUGGAGCUAUGUCAUCCGUCUCCUCCCCAGCAACAUCAGGGCCAGCAGCUACAGGCUCCACUGCUCCAGGACCCCCACAAGGAACGUCUCUCACAUCAAAGACAGACAACCAAGUUACUGGGGUUGCUUUGUCCAAAGUCCCCACCAUACGACCCAAAGGCUCUGUUAUUGAUCUCACGGAGGAUGAUGAUGAUGUACAAGUGACAGGAGUGAAAAGUGCCACUGUCGCAGCUCCCUCACCAACUCAACGUGUUCACCCGGUUGUUGGCAUUCUCAACAGUGGAGCAAGGUCCUCCCCUCAAGGCAAUCAAAAUGCUACCAGCACUCCUCUGUUGACAGUUCACCACCGCCCCCCACUGGACUCUCCUUUGAAAUCACGCACUGUAACUAGUACGACACCGACCCGGGGCUCCGGCGUUACCCUCCCCCCUCUCCCUGCGGCACCGGCAGCGCCCCGUUUGCCCCCCGAGGCCGAACGGACCUCGCCUCCUCAGCAGCCACAGCUGAAGCUGGUGCCAAGUCAGACGGGUAUAGUUCUGUCCUGGUGUGUGUCAGAGCAUGAUCGCACCUGUGCAGCUGUAGACAGUUACCACCUCUAUGCCUACCAUCAAGACAACUCUAACACCAAUACAGCACAGCAGCACUGGAAGAAGAUCGGCGAGGUGAAGGCCCUCCCUUUGCCUAUGGCCUGUACACUGACCCAGUUUCAGUCUGGCUCCACAUAUCAUUUCGCCGUUAGAGCCAAAGACAUCUAUGGGCGCUUUGGCAUCUUCUGUGAACCUCAGUGCACAAAUGUCAUCCAUCCCAGCUCAAGUUGAACAGUUUAGAAAUGAAACCAUUGUUUCACAUUUGAAAGUUCAUGGCUUUCUUUGCUCCUUUACUGUUCAUCGAACACUUGCAGUAUCUGUAAAUAUCUGGACGUAACAGCUGGAAUCUGACUGACUUGGGGAAAAUGGAAGCAGCAAAUGGUUAGUUUUGUCUGGUUAAUGUAUGUAAUUGUAUUUUUUGUGACUCAUGCGGUUGUACAUGGUUGAAUUACUUUGGCACUCUACCAGUUCAGAUAUUUAUGUUGACUCCUGUUACUCUUACCUGUGUAUCUUUUCCUUUACCGGAGAGGAGACGACAGGUUUAUUCUGUGUAAACUCGAGACUUGCAACGAAAUGUAUAAAUGUGUGGUAGAAACUCAAUGAUAACUUUUGUAACAUUUUGUCUGGCAACCAGACUUUGACAAACACAAUAAAAGGUUUUAUUAAAGAUAUAUUUUA